AUGGUACCGCCAGCAGUAGAAGCACACACCAACUGCGCCAACACGGUUACUUCCCUUGACACCAUCAUCAGAGCUCGAACAGGAUCAGGACAUGAAGAAUUGCAGAAAAAGCAAGCAGUAGCGACAAGCACUCAAUCCCACCGAGAAUCUUAUCUUCUCCACACAUCCACCCAGCGCUCCACCGACCAGCACCACCAGACCUCCUCUCGCGCCUCCGCCACAGGCCCAGCCAGCCCUCGCGCGCAGGCCAGCCGCCAGCCAGGAGCUCAUGCACAAGCCAGCCGCGCUGCACAACGCUGCCGCCCGUACGCCGCCGCCAGCACCAACCACACCGGAGCAAGGAGCUCCCCUCGCCCCCGGGGCCUGCCUCCCGUCCGGCGACCGGCCGCUGGAGCAUCACACCCGCGCCAUGGACCUCCGACCCCGACGCCCAAGCUCCUGAUGCUGUUCAGCGCCAGAUCCGCGCCACCCCACCUUCUCCGACCGUGUCGGGAGCCACCGUCAGGAGCACCCGCGACGUCCAACCGCCAGAUUUCGAUGUUCAGAAUAAGCAGAAUGAUUUUCAGGAAUCUUACGCCGAUAAGUGAGCCUGGAGGAGGUCGAUCGUCCUACUGGGCAUGAUGGCCAUGAUGAUGAUGGUGAAUCAGACAUGGACAUCGGGUAUGUUGAAUAUAGCAGCAAGAGACGCUGGAUAGGCAUUGGAGGAUAAUGUCUAUGACUUGUGAUUCACAAGCGGAGGCAUACACGUUCUACAACAACUACGCCGGUCCCAUAGGACACGCUGACUGCCUGCGGUGCGGUGCGACACGACGCGAGAUGACACACGUACGGCCGGUUCGUGUGUAAGUAUUGUAGGUACACACCCGCAUACCACCGAAGACAGGCUCAUACCGUCGAGGAUGGGCAGACGACGACUUUUUUAAAAUAAGAUCGUCCCGCCUUUUUAUGAAGGAGUACGGGCUAAUCUCACCCGCGUGUGUUUUGGUGGUGUAUCGAAGCAGUUAUGUUUGGUUACAUACUUUAGUAAGAGGGUGCCUUAUCAUUCAUGCCAUAUUUUUUCUAAAGAGAGUGUAUAUCUAUUGACCUGAUCAAUUAUGGACGUGAGCAAGAAGAA